ACACUAACCAGAUCCCCAAACAACUUUCGUCACAGCCCCCAAAUCAAUUCUGUCUUCUUCCAAAGAGCGAUACAUAAAACCGAACCUCGGUAAAACCAUUCCUAUAACGGCAAUUCCCGACGAAAAUGAUGCAGAGAUGGUGUGCGAAACUUCGGACUCUGGCCCUUCAGUCGUCCCACACUCUUUCGUCUCUCUCUACGUCUACUUCACGUCGCCUUAUUCACGCUUCCACACAGCACCAUCAACCCUCCCGUUUUGCUUCGAGUAGAUGCAGCUUCAGGCACCUCAAUGCAUCUUCUACGACCCAUUAUUCGAUAGUUUUGCAGCCCCACUUUGUGUCUCCCCAAGUUUCUCCAUCUGUAAUUCAAGUGCGGCAUGUCUCUUCCCGAGAGCGGAAGAAGAGGAGAAAGCCAAUGACACCGGUCACGUCUAAGAUAAAGAAAACUAAAAUGAAGUUCUAUUCGUCUUACAAGUCCAGGUUCAGGACAAUGAAUGAUGGCAAUAUCAGGCGCUGGAAGGAGGGAAAGCGGCACAAUGCGCAUUUGAAGUCAAAGAAGUCAAAACGCAGACUCAGACAACCUGGCAUCGUCCCUGUAGCUUAUGCCAAAGUGAUGAAGAAGCUGAGUUUUUGUGGUUAACAUAUCUGGAGUCUUCUAUAGGUUCUGCCAGCUCCUUGAAUGAAAGAGGAAUAAGUUCACCUAUGGUCUUUGCAUUUUUUUCCUCCCGUUUUAAUAUUUUGCAUCUCAGAAUCCAUCCCUAGAGCCCGCAGGUUGUGGAACAAGUUUCUGUAGCUGGCUGAUUGCUGCAAUUGAUAUGUUCAAUUCGAGGUUAUGGAUCAAGAUGAUUAACAGUAUCUUAUUUGAUAAACUAGUUUCUUGAA